UCCAUAGCUGUGUUUAAAGUCCACCUCUGGGGAACACACAGAUUGAGCGUUCCAGGUAAUCCCCUUUCCAGUCCUGCCUGGCAUCUGGCCGGUGGGCUGUGUACCUGGACUUCCCGGGACACUGGCUGGGGGAGUUUGAGGGGGGACCUCAGCACCCACCUGGCUGCAGGAUGACGCGGGCCAUCAGCUUCUUGAUCUUGUGGCUCAGCCUGGCUGGCGGCCUGGCGCAGAGUGACACCAGCCCUGACGCAGAGGAGUCCUAUUCAGACUGGGGCCUUCGGCACAUCCGGGGCAGCUUCGAAUCUGUCAACAGCUACUUCGAUUCCUUUCUGGAGCUGCUGGGAGGGAAAAAUGGCGUCUGUCAGUACAGGUGCCGAUACGGAAAGACACCAAUGCCCAGACCUGGCUACAAGCCUCAGGAGCCCAAUGGCUGCAGCUCCUAUUUCCUGGGUCUCAAGGUACCAGAAAGAAUGGACUUGGGCAUUCCAGCAAUGACCAAGUGCUGCAACCAGCUGGACGUCUGUUACGACACUUGUGGUGCCAACAAGUAUCGCUGUGAUGCAAAAUUCCGAUGGUGUCUCCACUCUAUCUGCUCUGACCUUAAACGGAGUUUGGGCUUUGUCUCCAAUGUGGUAGAACUCUGUGACCAGUGAAGCAAGGGGGAAGGGAGACUCUGGGCAAUUCUUCAUGAAAGUUCUUGCUGUCCUGCCCAGGAGCUGCUGGCGCCACUCCUGAUGGACAGGGCCACACCAAGGCCUUCCCAGAGGAUAAAAAUCUAUCCUCUAAGACCAGAGCAAGAGUUGCCCAACUGGUUUUCAUUAUCCAUUCCACUGUUAAAUAAUUUUCCAUAUCAGGAAUUAUUCUGUAUAGGUCUAUGGGGUUGGGUUGAAGCUUUCUUUUUUUUCUCCUUAUUUUGUUCUCAGUAAGAGAAAGAAUUUUUGAAAACCUAUCUUCUUUUUGUGUAAAGUUAUCUAUAUCCUCGAGGAUAAUUAUUUUAAAAUGACUGCUUAGCUGCCUAACUUCUAGCAGUGAUUCUAUAAUUUCUUUUUCCUAACUUAUCUUAGGAAAAUUGUAAUUCUUGAGUUUCUGAAGCCCGAACAAUAUAUCCAAGUAUUAGUGUUGCAUACUUUUAGAUGGUAAAGUUUGAAAUUCAGGCUUAUGAAGAGCUGGCUUUAUGCUACUGGGAAAGUCAGCCACAGGGAGAAUCUUGGAUCCUGUUAUAGGUCAAUGUCUAGAGUGUUGUUCUAAAGUGAAUGUGCAUAGACUUGAAAAUGUGAAUAAUUUGUGG